AUGGCCGACUUCGAUCUAUACGAGUCUCUCGAGACCAAGCACCAAUUUUGGGAAGAUUUGUCGCUGACCAGAGUCUCGUCGUCAACUGCAGAGCUCGACGACGUCGUCACUACCCAAUACCAGUCCCACGACUUAAUCGACGAAACCCUGCGAUCGUGGCUCUAUCUUACUUCGAGGUUCAGAGACAAGUUCCCCGAGAACGAAAACGAUGUCGCCACCUGCUGCGAGAAGCUACUGCAAUGCAAGCUGUUUCAAGACAACAAGGACUACAUUCGCAACCAGAUCGUCUACAGCCUUUUGCAGGAGGAUGAACCCCCGUCGCUGCACGCCAUUGUACUAUUCCUUUUGCUCGACGGCCAUGCCGAUGAGGCCUUAUACUCUCGUAUGAUCGAGGAGGCGUGCUUCCCUCGCCUCCUCGAGCUGAUUAACGGACGUAAAGACCAGGAUCUGAGGCUGCAUCGCUUGCUUCUGGAGCUGAUGUACGAAAUGUCCCGGGUCGAAAGGUUGCGCACCGCCGACUUGCUCCAGGUUGACGAUGGCUUCAUUGCAUACCUCUUCCAGAUCAUCGAGGAGUUAUCCAACGACGUUCACGACCCAUAUCACUAUCCAAUUAUCCGAGUGCUGUUGGUUCUCAACGAACAAUACAUGCUCGCAUCCACCGACGUCGCCUCAGAUCCGAACUCGCCCACAGCCCCUCUCACGAAUAGGGUGAUCAAGUGCCUUAGUCUCCACGGCGAUUCGUUCCGCACAUUCGGAGAGAACAUCAUUUUACUUUUGAAUCGUGAGACGGAGACGUCCCUGCAACUCUUGAUCCUGAAACUCCUUUAUCUAUUAUUUACAACCAAAGCCACAUAUGAAUAUUUCUACACCAAUGACCUCAAGGUUCUCCUUGACGUUAUCAUUAGGAACCUGAUGGAUUUGCCUGACGAAAAGAUAUCGCUUCGCCACACAUACCUCCGAGUCCUGUACCCACUCCUGGCGCACACGCAACUGAGCCACCCGCCGCACUACAAGCGUGAUGAGGUACUCAAGGUCUUGAGGAUUCUGGGUGGUUAUGGAAAUUCUCACUUUGCCCCUGCGGACGAAACGACGGUGCGUCUGGUCGACCGAGUCUCGAAAGUGAAAUGGCUUGUCGACCAGGAGGCUUCUGGCGAGGCAGAGGUGGCUCGGAAGUUCCUGGGGAUCAGUCUCACACGUUCGGACACGGCGAGCAGCGUUAGUGUUGUCGACGUCGCCGCCGUCAUGGAGAAACCGGGUGUCAUCACCCCGAGUCGCAAGGCCGAGGCAGACGCCGAAGCCAAACAAGGUGAGGCAAAGGCCGGGGCAGGCGCUGUGCGGCCGAAGAAGCCGUUGCCCGAGGUACCAAAACACCGACAUGGCGUGCCGGUCGGACCGACGACGACGUUGCAUUUGAAUGGACAUAAGAAGAUACCACCAAAAGCACCACCGCCACGGAGAAAGACGAAGCUCCAACCUUUGGAGCCCGUAGCGGACAGUGCCCCUAUGCCAGAGGCUUGA